AAGACCCAAGAGACGUCAAUUAGUAAUCUAUCUAGUUAGCUCUCUUCUCCCUUUCUAAAUCUUCUUGUUGUUCGUCAAGUAAAAACCUCUCUUUGACAUUCAUUACAUAUGUAGAAAGAUAAAUAAAGAGAGAGAGAGAGAGAGAGAGAGAGAGAGAGAGAGAGAGAGAGAGAGAGAGAGAGAGAGAGAGAGAGAGAGAGAGAGAGAGGAUUGGUAGAGAGAGAUAGUUUUGAAAAAUAGAAAGGCGUGUGCAAGCUAAAAGAUGGCGGAACAAACUGUCGAGAAGAACCGCACUCAUUCCCAGCGCCAAGUCUUCAACGUCACCCUCAGCCACCAGCUUCCCCAAAGUGCCUCCGAUGUCUUCGACGACGACGGCCGUCCCAAGCGCACCGGGAGUGUUUGGACUGCGAGUGCUCAUAUCAUCACAGCUGUGAUUGGUUCCGGAGUUCUAUCGUUGGCCUGGGCAAUUGCUCAGCUCGGAUGGAUUGCUGGCCCUGCUGCUAUGAUUGUGUUCUCCUUCAUCACUUUCCACACUUCUGCUCUGCUCGCCGAUUGUUACCGUACCGGCGACCCCCUCACCGGCAAGAGAAACUACACUUAUAUGGACGCCGUUCGAUCCAAUCUCGGUGGAGCCAAGGUCAAGCUCUGUGGUAUAAUUCAGUACGUGAAUCUUUUCGGAAUCACCAUUGGAUACACCAUUGCAUCAUCAAUAAGCAUGAUGGCAAUCAAGAGGUCGAAUUGUUUCCACGAGAGCCGCGGGAAGAGUUCUUGCCACAUAUCUAGCAAUCCAUACAUGAUCGCAUUUGGCAUCGCAGAGAUAAUACUCUCUCAAAUCCCAGACUUUGACCAGAUAUGGUGGCUCUCCAUUGUCGCUGCUGUCAUGUCCUUCACCUACUCUGGCAUCGGUCUUGCCCUUGGCAUGGCAAAAGCUAUAGAGAACAAAAAAAUCCAGGGAAGUCUCGUCGGAAUCCACAUUGGCGUUGUGACUGAGACCCAGAAAGUAUGGAGGACCUUCCAAGCCCUUGGCAACAUAGCUUUUGCCUAUGCUUUCUCCGCCGUCCUCAUCGAAAUUCAGGACACGAUCAAAUCCCCACCAACAGAAUCCAAGACAAUGAAGAAGGCAUCUGCGAUAAGUGUUAUCGUGACGACCAUCUUUUACAUGCUCUGCGGCUGCAUGGGCUACGCAGGAUUUGGGGACAUGGCCCCCGGUAACCUCCUCACCGGCUUUGGUUCCUUCAAUCCGUAUUGGCUUCUUGACAUAGGCAAUGCCGCCAUUGUAAUCCACUUGGUGGGAGCGUACCAGGUGUUCGCCCAACCCAUUUUCGCCUUCAUCGAGAAAUCUGCCACAAACAGAUUCCCAGACAGCGACUUCGUAUCCAAGGAAGUCAAAAUCUCGAUCCCAGGUUUCCGCCCCUACAGGCUCAACCUCUUCCAGCUGGUGUGGCGAACCAGUUUUGUGAUCACAACCACGGUGAUAUCCAUGCUUCUCCCCUUCUUCAAUGAUGUGGUUGGGCUUCUGGGGGCUUUGGGGUUUUGCCCCCUCACUGUUUACUUCCCCGUGGAGAUGUAUCUUGCACAGAAGAAGAUUCCCAAAUGGAGCGGCAAAUGGCUCUGCUCCAAAAUCCUCAUUUUCGCUUGCCUUGCGGUUUCCUUGGUUGCUGCUGCUGGCUCCAUCGCUGGGAUUGUUCUUGAUCUCAAGGCUUACAAGCCCUUCAAGACCACCUACUAGCUCAAUUUGUUGUGAUAGAUUGAAGAAAGAUUAAUAGUCACUUUCUGAAAAAAAAAAAUAAAAAAAAUAAAAAUAGUUGAAGUAUUUACUGAAUUGAAAGGCCAAACUUCAAUGACCACAAUACCCUUGCUGCUGCUGGCUCCUUCGCUGGGAUCUUGAGGCUUAAUUUGUUGCGACAUAUUGAAGAUUAAUAGAGAUUUUCUUUAAAAUAAA